AUGGGAAAGAUCACCUUCUAUGAGGACCGGGGCUUCCAGGGCCGCUGCUAUGAGUGCAACAGCGACUGCCCCAACCUGCAGCUCUACUUCAGCCGCUGCAACUCCAUCCGGGUGGACAGUGGUUGCUGGAUACUCUAUGAGCGCCCCAACUACCAGGGGCACCAGUACUUGCUGCGCCGGGGCGAGUACCCCGACUACCAGCAGUGGAUGGGCGUCAAUGACUCAAUCCGCUCCUGCCACCUCAUCCCUCCGCACGCCGGCACUUACAGAAUGAAGAUAUACGAGAGAGAGGAAUUCAGAGGACAAAUGACAGAGGUCACAGAUGACUGUCCCUCUCUUCAGGACCGCUUCCACCUCAAUGAAAUCCACUCCCUCAAUGUGCUGGAGGGCUGCUGGGUCCUCUAUGAGCUGCCCAACUACCGGGGGCGGCAAUACCUGCUGAGGCCAGGGGAGUACAGGAGAUACCUUGACUGGGGGGCGGUGAAUGCCAAAGUUGGUUCUUUCAGACGAAUUAUGGAUGUUUACUGAAAUGUUUGCAUUUUCCAUUUUUCUCUUUUAGAAUCUAUUAAAACAUUUAGCUUGUGUUUCUGGCACUAAUAGAGUCCUGUCUUUCUUGCAAUCUGUUGAGCAUUCAAAAGCAAUAAUGGCAUUUGGUCAAACACAAGAACAUGUGUUUUCAAGGUGAAAAGUAACUUCUUAUGAAGAAUAUUAUUUCCAGUACUCUUUUAAUGUCUAAACUCUGGAGGCUGAAAGAAAAGUUCCAUUCAAUUGGGCUAAAUUCAUUUGUAGUUAGUCCUUUACGGACAUAUUUGUAGUUCCAAUGAUGAAUUAGUGCUUAUUGAAACACCUCAAAUUGUCCCUCCAGGUUAUCACGACCAGAUAUCUUCCCUAUAUCGUCCAACUCUUACCUAAUGAGAAAAGUUGUUCUUGGCAUUAGCACUUUUACCUUACCUCCAUAAAUAAAUACACAAACAGGUAUAUUCUCACUUACUCCACUCUGUAUCCUUCUAAAAGCCACUGCCCUUUUUCUCUCAAUUCUAUUACCAAUACCCCAUUCCUC